AUGUUACACGUGAAGAUUGGUUUGGAGAAGAUUUUUUUAAUUUAUGCAUUCAGAAGAUUUAAUACAUUAUCAAAGUCAACUGACGUCAUUAAAUCAAAUAAUCAUGAUAUGUAUUCAUCUGUUGUUAUUGAUGGUCUGGCAAAAACAAUUGAUCGUUCAUUGAAUCCUGUACAAAUCAAUAUAUCGGGUUUUCUCGCGUUUGUUGGAGUAUGUCAUUUACCGUUAAUAAAGAAAUACAACGAAACAAACACGUGUCUUCAUAAGAAUUCUCAAUUGAAUACAUUUUGUUGUCGUUGUUCACCGGAUGAUUGGCAAAUUUUUCUUGUUGACCGUUCAGUAUUAACAUUAUCAUCUUUAUCAUAUGAUUUAUUGCGUCAAAAAUCUAUACUAGCUUUUAUACAUAACAAUGAACAACCACUGUUACAUCAAGCUUUAUUAGAUUCAAUAAGAGCAGCUUCGCAUAGAUCAAUAACAUGUCAUUUGAUACAUCCAACUUUACAAAUUUUGAUACUAAUUUCAGUUGAAAUCAAACCAUUUUUCAAUGCCAUUACUUGUUAA